AUAAAGCUCACUAGUGGGACAUAUGUUCUACAUCUUGCACUCCUGAAUUAUAUCCAGCUUGUCUAUCACAAACAUGAAGUUCGCUCUCGCCGCCUCUUCCCUCGCUCUCGUUGCUGGUGCUUCGGCCCGUUCCAUUACGGUCACUAACAAGUGCUCAUACACCGUCUGGCCUGCUAUCUACACUGGCUCCGGAACUGCGCCCAGCCAAACCACUGGCUGGCAGGCGAACACUGGUGACACCGUCACCUUCGAUGUUCCCGACAACUGGACUGCUGGACGAAUCUGGGGUCGCCGUGACUGCGACGCCAGCGGCACCUGUGUCACUGGUAACUGUGCUGGUGGUAUCGUCUGCACUCAACCCGGAACUCCCCCCGCUACCCUCGCCGAGUUCACCUUGGCCGCCAGCGGAAACCAGGACUUCUACGACGUUUCCCUAGUCGAUGGUUUCAACAUCCCCGUUGCCAUCACCAACGACCAGGGAUGCAGCACUGCUGACUGCCCAGUUGACUUGAACGCCAACUGCCCUGCUGAGCUCCAAGGACCUUCUGGAGCCUCUGGCAACGAGGGAUGCAAGAGUGCUUGCUUCGCCAACCUUGACGGCAACCCCACCGACUCUGCCAACUGCUGCAGCGGUUCUCAUGCCACCCAGGCUACUUGCCCCUCUUCCGGAGUUACUGACUACUCUUACUUCAAGAACGCCUGCCCCAACUCGUACUGCUAUGCUUACGACGAGGCGAGCGGCACUGCUCUCUGGACUUGCGAUGCUGGCAAGGCUGCCUCUUACACCGUCACUUUCUGCCCUUGAGAGAAUGUUGCUAUCGUGGAUUGACUUCGCAAUACGUAUUUAUUUCAUGUUGUUGCAAGUGUUGUCAAAAUAAUCAAGUUGU